CGUUUGUGUCUUGCGUAUCAUCAUCAUCCGAGAAACGUGCUUGAGUGCAAAAUAGUUUGUGAGUAAAAUGUGAAUGAAGAUCAGUAUUUAAUUUCAUUCGUCCACCGACAAGAUUUAGUUUAAUAAAAAAAUGAUUGGUGAUGUCUGGCUGUUUGUUUUGUCGUUAUUUGGUGAUGGAAUUCUAUUGUUUCUCACUGUUUAUGUUGUGAUAACUUUAUCUGACUUGGAAUGUGACUAUUUGAAUGCUCAGGAAUGCUGCAGAAAACUAAAUGGGUGGAUUGAGCCAGAAAUGAUUUUUCAUGGCAUAAUAACUUUGUUUCUGCUCAUUGAAUGGCAUUGGCUUUUAUUCUUCAUAAAUUUACCAAUGGCAUGUUGGCAAGCAUAUAAGAAAUUUACCGUGCCAUCUGGAAACUUUGGAAUUUAUGAUCCUACAGAAAUUCACAAUCGUUUUAAUUUGAAACAGCACAUGAGAGAUUCUCUAAUCCGAUUAGCAUUUUACUUAAUUUUCUUUUUUGUCUACUUGUAUUGCAUGAUAAUAUCUCUACUUAUGAAGUCUCCUGAGAAUGCACCUUCUGAGGAAUUUUGAUAUUUUGUGCACAUGUAAUAUUGGACUGAUUUAAAAAUCUCUGUUAAAGGGGUAAACUAUGCAAAGUAUUUAUGCUUACUAAGUUCUACAAACAUUAAUGGAAAGACAUUUUAUUUCUUUUUACAAUGAUACUUUGUGAUAAAUGCAACUCUUCAUUAAUUUUUUUUAUGUUUUUCCCGUGAUCAGUGUAAUUAUCCAUUUAACAUCUGUUGUGGAAGUUCUUAAAUCCUUUUUUAUUUUGAAUGGUAUCAUAGUUUCUGCUUCUCAUUGUACAGCAUUUUUAAAAA